AAUCGUGCCAAGGGCAUUCCCGUAAUAAACCAUCCACCCACCCUCCCUUCUUCUUCCUCUUCCCCGACGAGGACCAACCCAUUUAAAGCCCUCGCACAUGGCCCCAGAUUCCCAACUCCCCACACCACCACUACACCUACUCUUUCUCUAAAUGGCCGCCACGCCGCCGUCCAAGCCCGAGGCCCUGCCCACCUACCUCGGCGUCAGCUUCGCGCUCUUCCUCGCCACCCUCCCGGGCGGCGCCUCCUCCGGCGCGCGCUACGUUGCGUCGCUGCAGUCGCGCGGGCGCCUGCUGGCGUCGCGCCUGCUCGCCGCCGAGGACCAGCUCCGCCAGCUGCGCGCGCGCCGCCGCGAGGACACCCGGGCCAACGCCCGCGCCGCCGAGAUCUUCGCGGGCCACCGCGCCGCCUGGAUGGAGGCCGAGCGCCGCCUCCUCGCGCGCGCUGCGGCGGCCGGAGACGAGGCCGCCGCGCUGCGGGCCCGCGCGGAGCGGCUCGAGCGCGAGGCCGCCGAGCGCGACGACCUGCUCAACGCGCUCCUCGCGGCUACGCGCCCCGACGCCCACGCCGACCUUCGCGGCGGCGAGGAGGAACAAGUACCCUACGCGCGGGAGGUGGAGCAGGACCCGUUGGGUCCAGCCGAGCUGUGUGGUGCUGAGACGACCGACGCUGAGGUCCUGGCUGCGGCCGCGGCUCUAUACACUCAGCAGCGGCAGAAGCACGAGGAUUUCGGCGACGAGUUCUACACGGCGGCGACGACGGCGUCGGGAAUGCCGCCUUGGAUGGAGCGAUCAAAAGGGUGGCAGGUGAGACGACAAAAGGACCUGAAGUAUGAUACAGUUGAGUCAAUGUACAACACAAAGCAUGCGGUACCACGGAGAGAAUCACCCUGGAAGGUAGACGUAGAAUCAUCAGGAGUUCCUGCAAAGCUUAGGUUGCUUGAGCAGGAAUUAGUUAACCUGGAAAAGGUUGUGAAUGGAGAUUUAUCCAAGAUCCCAUUGGUGAUGAGAAAACAAGUGAAAAGAUACCAAACUCUCGCUGGGAAAAUUGACGAUCUUUGCAAACGAAUGCAAACAAGUGACCCAUGUGAUUCAACACUUAGCUCAGAGUUCAGAACACAGCGGCAAACAGAAUUCUUGCUGGAAGCAUUCCACCUUCAGCACCGAGCAACUGAAACAAGGCAGAAGCUCAGCACACUGCAAGCAGAGACAGCAAAAGGCAGCUUUGGUGAUGAGCUAACAGCAGAAACCAAAAUGUGCACGAGAAGAGCUCUAAGUUCGAUUAGAAACAACUUCAAGGAAAUCCAGCGAAGUCUGGAGAUUUGGUUGGCAAGAAUUUUGGGAGACCUUGAGGGCAUGCUAGCAAGGGACGGGGCCUCACGCAUGAGGGAGUAUUUUCUGUCUCCGUAUGCUUCUGCUGUUCGAUGAGCGCUGGUGUCAUGGAAUGGUAAUCCUCCCCUCACAACUAUUAUAGUGACCACGUGAACACCCUGCACAGCCCAUUAGUGCACCCUCAGCAGGUAAAAUAUUGUAUUCAAGCUCAUGCUUAUGCCCCUUGGUCUUUAUGGACAUUCUUGCAAGCUUUAACAAAAUUGAAGAGAAGUGAUCUAAGACUAUACCAAAUUUUACAGGCAGAAAUAAUAAGUUUGAUCAUGUAGAAAUUUGCCCCUUUUUUCCCGUGGUAUCUAGUUUUGGCACAGAGUUUGGUCAUGUUCUAGAUCACUUCUCUUCAUACCGUAGGCAAGCUUGCAUGAAUUUGAGGUUCAGUGUAUGUUGCACAUGAUGCUAGCAGGCUACAUCAGAUAUAGACAUAGAUCUGUUUGCAGGCUCUGCAUCUCUGUAGUUCUUCAUUUGUUUAGGAGUUGUACAGCUGUAUGCUUAUGAUUCUGAUGGAUUCACUAAGAACACGUCUUGGAUGUACUAAACUGUAUUCUUGUUAGUUUAUGAUUGUUGAUGUAUGUGCAUUGUAACA